UCUAAGUCUUCCUUAUUAUAUAAUAAAAAAUUUUAUUAACCUUAACAAGCUAUAUUGGCCAAUAUGAUGAGAACAAAAACUCACCCAAUCUGAGAAUUAUGCGCCGGCAUCUUCUUGUGUAUAUAUCGUCUUUAAAUAUGGCUUUAACGAAAUAGUAGUUCUACCAGCCCAAACGAAAAAGAGAAUACCAUCUUAAUCUCUCUGAACCUUUUUUACUAAAAGUCUAAAAGCAUGUCAAGCAGCGGCCAAAAUCCACCAUCAGACCCCUCAAAACCUUCACAACCCUUACUCCUACCGAGCUCUCCGGCGGAGCCCGAUCCUUCUACGGCCACUUCCUCUGUACUCUCCAAAGAUAUCCCACUAAAUCCCACAAACCAAACCUUCGUCCGACUAUUCCUUCCCCGGAAAACACUCGAAGGAUAUUCCUCUUCCACCACCAACCAAAAACUUCCGCUCAUAUUUUACUACCAUGGCGGUGGCUUCGUUCGUCUCAGUGCAACUUCCACUCCUUUCCAUGUCUUCUGCUCCAACAUGGCUCUCCAUCUCCAAGCCAUCAUUGUCUCCGUCGAGUACCGCCUCGCCCCACAACACCGCCUUCCUGCUGCCUACGACGACGCCGUGGAGGCGCUGCACUGGAUCAAAACCACCCACGAAGAUUGGAUCGCGAAAUUCGCCGAUUUAUCCAGCUGUUUUCUAAUGGGUACCAGUGCCGGUGGAAACAUAGCUUAUCACGCAGCGAUACGAGCCUUUGAAGAAGAUCUUGGACCUCUGAUAAUCAGAGGGCUUCUAUUGCACCAUCCGUUUUUCGGCGGUGCAGAGAGAACCGGGUCGGAGCUUAGGAUGGAGAACGACCAGUUUUUGCCCCUGCACGCUAGUGACCAGGCGUGGAAAUUGUCGUUGCCUGUGGGUGCUAACAGGGAUCAUGAGUAUUGUUGUGCGGUGGCUGGGGCUGGAUCGGAUCGUUGCGAUCGGAUUCUGAAGAUGGGUUGGCGGGUAUUUGUUGCGGGUUGCUAUGGAGAUCCGUUGAUUGAUCGUCAGAUGGAGCUGGUCAAGAUGUUCGAAGGGAAAGGUGUUGAAACGGUGACGUAUUACAGUGAGGGUAACCAUGGGUUGGAGAUAACAGAGCCGUCGAAAGCCCAUUAUCUGUUUUUGGCCCUAAAAUGCUUCAUAUCUGGUUGAUGACUACCGCAUUUUACUUUUUGCUUUUGUGUUGUUUUGUUUUUGUAUGCUGGAUGACUACCACAUUUACUCGAUGUAUAUGUUUUUUUUGGGUGAAAUGAUGUACUGAAUGUGUGCUUUGCCCCAAAAAAAAGAUAAAGUAAAUUGAAUUUGUGUU